UCGCGUGGAUGGGAUUCGCAUACUGAACUCUUCGGCACACAAUGUUCUGAUGAUGACCGACAGCAGCAUCAAUCGGAUCCAUCAUUCUUGGCUCAGCAUUUGCCCACUUUGCAGAGUUCUCCGAGCCCGCCUGCACUCCUAGCAACCAGCGAAACAGCAAGACUGUCAUUUCGUCGGACUGCUUCGGAAUACCCAUGGCCUGGGACCUCUGUCGGUGUUGCCAUGUCUCGUCUCAGCAGUGGGCCGUCCGAAUUACGGGUGAAGUCACUCCUCUUGCCGUUGUGCAAAUUGAUGUUGAGUAUGACGCCUUGUAAGGUCGGCGACGCCGACUGCAGGACCGGCGAACCGUCUGGAAAGACACACAGUCAAGGUUUCGAUGUGACAAGAAGAAGACGUUACGACAUGACCAGAUUAGCUUCAAAGUGA